AGCGGUGGGCGGGGCAGUGACGCGGCGCGCCGUUCCCGCAAUGGCGCCGCGCCCGACCGAGCUGUACCGGGCGCCCUUCCCGCUCUACACCGUGCGGCUGCACCCGCGCCGCGGCCUCGCCAUCACCGCUGGAGGCGGAGGAGCGGCCAAAACCGGGAUCGGCAAUGGAGUGCACUUCCUGCAGCUGGAGCAGAUCGGGGGGCGGCUGAGCGCGUCGCUGCUGCACUGCCACGACACCGAGACCCGCGCCACCAUGAGCAUGGCGCUGAGCGGGGACUUCAUCGCGGCGGGGCAGGACCACAGCUGCCACAUCCUGCGGCUCAGCGUGCGGGAGGGCGACGCGGGAGGCGAAGACGCCGCGGAGGAGAAGGGCCCGCGCAGGCGGAAGGGCGCCGGCCCGGCGGAGCGCGGCGAGACGCGGAGCGGCGGCGGAGAGGUGACGGUGGAGAGCCUGCACCGCGUGCGCACCGACUUCAGCCCCGACGCGCUGCAGAAGGCCGUCCGCUUCAGCGCCGACGGCACUCUGCUCGUCACCGGCGGUGCCGACGGAUUCCUGCGGCUCUGGGAGUUCCCCAGCAUGAAGAAGGCGCUGGAGUUCAAGGCGCACGACGGCGAGAUCGAGGACAUCACGCUGGGCCCCGACAAUAAGGUGGUGACGGCGGGCCGGGACCUGCAGUGCCGCGUGUGGCAGCGCGACCAGCUGGUGACCGGGCUGCAAUGGAACGAGAACCUGCCCGGCACCCCCAGCACAGCGUACCGCUAUCAGGCCUGCCGCAACGCCCUCGGCUCACCUUUGCUGCCCCGUGCCAGCUUCGGGGCGGUGCAGGACGGCUGCGGGGCGCUGCGGCUCUACACGGUGCAGGUGCCCCACAAGCGGGAGCGCCGCCCGCCCCCCUGCUACCUGACCAAGUGGGACGGGGGCACCUUCCUGCCGCUGCUGACGCGGCCCUGCGGCUCCGAGGUCAUCUCCUGCCUCUCCGUCAGUGAUUCGGGCACCUUCCUGGGGCUGGGCACCGUCACCGGCUCCGUCGCUGUGCACAUCGCCUUCUCGCUGCAGAGGCUGUACUACGUGAAGGAGGCACACGGCAUCGUCGUCACCGAUGUGGCCUUCGUGCCUGAGAGCGAGCACGGCCGGGAGCUGCUGGCGGGGAACGAGGCAGCGCUGCUCAGCGUGGCCGUGGACAGCCGUUGCAAGCUGCACCUGCUCCCUGCCCGCCGAUCGCUGCCCGUCUGGCUGCUGCUGCUGCUGUGCGCCGCGCUCAUCGUGGGCAGCAUCGUGCUGCUGCAGAUGGCCUUCCCUGGCUUCCUCUAGGCACCCACCCCCCUGCACUGGGUGGGUGGGGGGGGGAUGGACCCAGCCCCGGGCACGCUGCAGGAGUGGGACCGCCGUGGGAUGCAGUGCCAGCAUAGCGAUGGGACGCAGCGUGCCCGGGGCUGGGCUGGAGCUGCUCCUCGGCCCCACCAUUAAACCCAGAGCGUGAA